AUGAAUGGAUCAACCGAGAAAAAUUUUGAUGGGGAAACCGAUGCUGGGGGCUCAAAGACUCUGCGGCAGACUAUGGGCGCUAGCAUCAAAAUUGCCCUUAUAGACGACGGCGUCGACUACAAGGAUCUCACCAAGCGCGCCUUCAUCGGCGGACACAGCUUUUCUACUCGAGACACAGAGCGCAACCUGAUCCAUCCGCAUUAUGUCUCCAGCGUGGGCCACGGAACCGCUAUGGCCAGACACAUCUACUACAUGUGUCCAAGCGCUGAAAUAUACGUCUUGCGGCUGGAAGACUACCACCACCCAGAGGACCCAAACCUUCGACUGAUAGCAGCAAGAAGUGCCGUAAAAGCCACCAGGGCUGCGGUGCGCAAGGAGGUGAACAUCAAUUCCAUGUCAUAA